AUGCUGAAAACUGCGGCGUUCGUCAAGCGAAACAUGUCGACAACCUUCGGUCCCCGUACGAUCAACGCCUACGCUGCAUUCAAAGCGGGUGGUACUUUGAACCCGUGGCAAUACCAGUCACGUCCUCUGGGUGAUGAGGACGUCGAAGUCAAGAUUUCCCAUUGUGGCAUUUGCGGUGGGGAUAUCCACGCCCUCCACAACGAUUCAGCUCCGUUCCCCUGCGUCGUUGGCCACGAAAUAAUCGGUGAGGUGACUCAAGCUGGCCCUGCCGUCAAGAGACUUGCUGUUGGUGACCGGGUUGGAGUCGGUUUCAACGCCUGGGCGUGUCUGAACAAGGAUCAAGCUCGACCGUGCCGGGAGUGUGAGUCUGGCAACGACGCCUACUGUAAGCGUGCGGUAUUCACGAGCAACUCCAACAACUACGCGUUCCCGAUCCCGGAGAACAUCCCUUCAGAUGCGGCUGCACCGCUCAUGUGUGCUGGAUCGGCUGUCUACUCUCCUCUCAAGCGUGAAGGCGUGAAGGCAGGCGACCGAGUUGGCGUCGUGGGUAUCGGCGGUUUAGGUCACCUCGCUUUGCAGUUUAUUCGUGCACUCGAUGCGACUCCGAUCGCUUUCUCGACUUCGUCAAAGAAGGAAGAAGAGGCACGGACGUUAGGUGCAGCCGAGUUCUACAACCUCGAUAACCCGGAGGAUGUGAAGAAGGCUGCCGGCUCAGUCGAUUUGCUGCUGGUGACGGUUGCUGCGUCGGGCUUGCCAUACAAUACGUAUCUCAGUCUGGUUCGUAAGCUUGGCACGUUAGUGGUGCUUGGUGUUCCUAACGACGACAUUCGCUUUAGACCCAUGUUUCUUGUGGGAAAUGGCGUUCGUAUCGUCGGGAACUUGGUUGGAAGCAUCGAGGACGUUGCUGAUACGCUCAAACUCGCAGCCGAGAAAAAUGUACGCCCGAUUGUUGAAAACCUGCUGAUGGAACAAGUCAACGAAGGUAUUGCGCGUGUGCAAGGAGGGAAAGCUCGUUACCGCGUCGUGCUAGAAAACUGCGGUUGGCCACAGAAAGAGUUGCGCUAA